AUGUCUGGACGCGGCAAACAGGGUGGCAAGGCUCGCGCCAAGGCCAAGACCCGCUCCUCCCGGGCCGGCCUCCAGUUCCCCGUGGGCCGCGUGCAUCGGCUGCUCCGCAAGGGCAACUACUCGGAGCGGGUGGGCGCCGGCGCCCCGGUGUACCUGGCGGCCGUGCUGGAGUACCUGACGGCCGAGAUCCUGGAGCUGGCAGGCAACGCGGCCCGCGACAACAAGAAGACGCGCAUCAUCCCGCGCCACCUGCAGCUGGCCAUCCGCAACGACGAGGAGCUCAACAAGCUGCUGGGCCGCGUGACCAUCGCGCAGGGCGGCGUCCUGCCCAACAUCCAGGCCGUGCUGCUGCCCAAGAAGACCGAAAGCAGCCACCACAAGGCCAAGGGAAAGUAA